CUUGAGAACUUCGCCGCUGACCCAAAGAGUGUCGUCAAUGACAUCUUGUCUACACCGGGAUGUCCGCCUUUCCUGCCAAGCGAAUGGCUCAACAUUGUACCCUGGAAAUACGUCGACCUAUCCAAAGUCCUCGAUUCAGCACACACGACUGAACUUGACCCGAAGAAAACCCACGUCAUUGAUGAUGAGAUUGAGCUCGCUCUCCGAGUCUCUAAAUCUUCAGGAGGAAUCAAAACAUCGUCGGACCAUAAUAUUGCCUUCUCCAUGUACAUUGAGGCCAUCUCUUUCAUUUUCCCGCAAUGA